CUCACUAGCGGGCAGAUGUGCGCGCGCGCAGUUCGUCUUUUUACUCUGUGGAGAGUGAGUAGGUCGAAGAGAUCUAAGUGGAUUAGAGCGCGGGUUUUCAAGUUUUUCAGAUAAAAUGAAAGUUGUUUGUGUUUUGGCUGUUUUUGCUUUGGUCUACCAUCCCAGCAGCUGCAGAUCAGUAGACUCCGAAGAGUCUGUGGUCAGCGUGUACACCACCCAGCCCACCACGGCCGGCACCGGGAAACCCCUGGAUGUAUAUCACCAGAUAGCCAAUAACAUCGCUGAGAGGAUCACUUCACCCAUCUAUAGAUUUCUUGGCUACGACAGAAAUAAAACUGACAAUGCAACGACUAGGAAACCGUGGGACAAAAUCGAACUCUUAGACGAAAGUGCUGAAGAUGUGACCAGGUCUGACCUUCCCCCAGUCGAUAACGACAUAUCUAACGAUAAAGAUAUUGAGGAACUUUCACUAGAUGCUUUGAAGAAGAUUGAGAAGAAACCGGAGAAAAUUGUGUUAUUCUCAAGUUAUUUGCCUGUAAAAGGAAAUUUGGAGGUCAAUGAUACAAUCACUGAUGAUGAAGAUCCCUUUGAGUUUAACGAUGAUGAUGAACUUGAUGAGAAACCGAGACAAAAUCAGUUUUUGUAUUUCUUUGAAGUUUUAGGAAGCAUUCUGCAACUCGUUUGGGGAGGUAUUGUAUCGUAUUUCAAGCCAUCAACUAAUACUAGUUCAUAGAUAUCACUUAUUAAUUUAGGUUUUUUUAAGUUGACAAAAUAUUAUUAUUUCAAUUUCUAAACUGUAUUAAUAAUAAAUCUACCUAAUUAAAAUGAAGUAAAAUUCCUAAACUUCAAACUAAACAAAAUAUUAAGGGGUACUUAAAUAAUCUUUUUUUUUUAGUUUGGUAGGGGUACUAUAUACAUAUGUAUAUGUAUAGUAGAAACAUACAUUACGAAUAUGUUGAGCAAAGGCGGACUUAUUGCUAAGCAAUCUCUUUCAGCCAACCUUUGGGUAGUGCAAUACAAAAUUUUAUUAAUUAUGAUGAUCAUACAUACAUACAUAUAGUCACGUCUAUAUCCAUGGUAGGGUUGACAGAGCCAACAGUAUUAACAAGACUGAUUGGCCGCUUUCAGCUGUGUGGCUCAAUAACAGAGUUGAGAAUCAAAUAGUGACAGGUUGCUAGCCCAUCGCCUAAAAUCGGAAUCCCAGGUGUACAAGCCUAUCCCUUAGUCGCCUUUUACGACAUCUAUGGGAAAUACGGUAUCAUCAUCAUAAUUAAUAAAAUUUACCCCUACCAAACUAAAAAAGAUUAAUUAAUUAUUAUUAAAGUACCCCUUAAUAUUUUGUUUAGUAAAAAUACAUAUGUAUUUUUUUAUAGAGGAAUAAAGGGGAAUAAAGAUAAAUCAUAUUGUAUUGUAUUUUUAUAACAAUCUCGCUUCUGUUGAAGCAUGAGUUCUUUUUAACUUUGUAUAUAUUUUACAAAUGUGAUAUGCUUUGAAAUAAAGAAUAUGUUGACACAAUAAGUUAGAAAAAUGUUAGGAUGAAUCACGUAUUUUUAGUUCAUAUUUUUAAGGUUUAUGUUUUGAACUGGUGCCAUGACGUCUCCUUAGUCAAAAUAUCCAAGUUCUUAAACAUAUGUAUUUAAAACAUUAAAGUUAUAUAAUUUAUUGUAAUCUUUUCAUCCAAAGAAUUAAAUUAUUAAUAAUGA